AUGAAAUAAUAAAAUAUAGCUAUUGAAGAAGAACUUCGAGAAGCAAGGUUCGCAGGUUAUUAAUAAAUUAAAAACAAAUUCUUGUCUAAAUUUAGAAAAAAACAAAGUCUGGAAGUUUAUAAUUAGAUCAGAAAGAAUCGUACAUAUUUAAAUAAAAAGCAAGCAUUUUAAUUAAGCCAAGAAUUUCAUGAAAAUGAAUUAAAAUGUAAAUUGUGCAAAGAUUACUACAUUAAAUUUACAAUUGCCUAAUGUGGGCAUUCAUUUUGUUAUUAUUGCAUAUUUGAACAUUUACUUAAAUCUCACAAAUGCCCAUGUUGCCAUAACAUUUUGAAAGGCUUACAAUUCAUCUAUUGUAAGACAAUAGAUUAAUUUAUUCAGAAUAGCAAAUUGCUUUAAAAUAAUUAACCCAUACUCAACCGAAAAAAGGAAUUUAAAGAAUGGAAAAAGAAAAAGAAACUCACCAAUUUUAAAUUAGGAGACUCUUUAGAUAUUCUAGAUACUGAACAUAUCUGGUGUGUCGGAUAGAUAAUCAAUAUCAGGAACCAAAAGGAAAUGCUUGUUCAUUACAAAGGAUGGGACAAGGUCUAUGAUGAAUACAUUUCAAUCUCCUCACCACGUUUGUCUCCCUUGGGACUAUUCACUGAUAGGACUGAUAUUUUACUUUAUUAAUCCAGUCCAAAUGAUAAUGCCAUGUCUAAUUAUAUCAGACAGAUUGAAGAGAACGAUUAAUUAAAUUAUUUGAUAUUAUAGCAACAAACAUCAAAUUCAAACAUUAUUUUAGCCAUCGAAUCGCCCACUAAUAAUACAUUAUCAAGUCUAUUAUAACUAGUUGUCAUCAUCAGAGAAAUACAUGAUGAAUUUCAUAAUGAUUCAUGA